UCCCUCCCGCCCAGAAAUAGAAUAUCAAACAAGCUGGACCUGAAUGUGAUGGUGCCUGUGAAACCCGGGGGAGAUGCGAGGAAAAGCCAAUGGGCUCCCAACAAGGACAGCUACCUGCAGACCCAGAAGCUGAGCCACCCGGACAUCCCCUUUAUAGACGAGAGCCCCGUCAAGUCUCCGCCCUCAGACCCGGACGCCCCGCCCCUUCCUGUCCGGCCGCAACCUGUCACCAAGAGGCACGGAACGUCCACCGCGUCCACAAGCAGCUAUGUUGAUGCAGACAACUUGAGAAAAUUAAAGGACAGUUAUGUGGAUGUGGGAGAAGCACCAUUGCCAGAGGAUGAAUACUCACUUGCUGAGGAAAUCAGACCAUUAGCAGGAAGAAAAGAGCUAGAGAAGAGGCCGAUAUCUUCUGCCUACAUCAAGCCCACUGACCUUUCCACCGUACCCGAGCCCCGUAGCAUUGACAACCGUGCAGGGACCCCGCCCGUCUCAGAGAUGAUGACUUACAUAAAGAUGCAGGAUGGCAUGUAUCUUGAUCUGAGUGAGGACCAGGUGUAUGGUACAGCGGGGCGGUACAAGUCCAAUCUCGAGUCCGAGUCCCUGUACCAGUUCUACAACAAGGAGAAGAUCACCCGCGCCAGUCGACGCAACGCAAUAUACUCUGACUACAUUGAGUCUGACGAGGAGGAUGACUACAGUAGCGGAGCAGAGACGAGAGACUCCAUCUACGAGGACCUGUCAGAGUACAGCAGCUCCGGGCGUGGCUCUAUGGAGCUGGAGAAACCCACCCCGGGGGCGGCCCCAUCCCCUGGCCAGCAGCAAGACAAGAUCUCCACCCUGGAUAUGUUUGGCAAGAAGGGGACCGUGCUUAGGACACUCUGGGCGGAGAUGCCGGAGGUGAAGGCGAGCGGGGUGCUGGAAAAGAUAGCUCCCCAGGAGCGCAAGCUUCAGGAGCACAUGUUUGAGAUCCUCACCUCCGAGGCCACGUACCUGAAGAGCAUGAACAUCCUAAUAGACGUCUUCCUCAAGUCCCAGGAGUUCGGUGUGGACAGCGCCCUCACCAACAAGUGUGUGCUCACCAAGCAGGAGAGGCACUAUAUAUUCUCCAAUAUAGGUGCUAUAAGGGAUGCCAGUGAAAGGUUUCUGGCCAGCCUUGAGGCGCGGUGGAAGCAGAAUGUGGUGCUAUCAGACAUCUGUGAUAUAAUUGCGGAGCACGCCUCCAAGCACUUUGAUUGCUAUAUACACUACUGCAGCAACCAAGUGUUCCAGGAUCGCACCGUGACAGAACUCAGGAAGAAGCCGGAGUUUCAGGCGGCGAUGCGCAGGCUAGAGAGCAGCGCUGAGUGCCAGGGUCUGCCCAUGAUCUCAUUCCUGCUGCUUCCUAUGCAGAGGAUCACCCGUCUGCCACUCCUGGUUGACGCCAUCUGUCACCGAAUGGACCCCGACAAGGACAAGGCGCGACACAAGUCUGCCAGCAACGCCUUCACCGCCAUGAGCAAGGUGGUGAAGCGCUGCAAUGAUGGAGCCAAGAAGAUGCAGCAGACAGAGCAGAUGUACCACAUCUCCAUGAAGAUUGAGUUCCCAUCCAACAAGGACAUACCCCAGAUACCGCUGAUCUCUGCCUCGCGUUACCUGGUGAAGCAAGGGGAGAUAACGAAGAUCCUCAACAAGGCAGCCAGUGGUCUCCCUUUUGGAAAGGCCAAGCCUGCCAAGCAGAAUGUGAACAUCUUCCUCUUCAACGACAUCAUACUGCUCACCAAGAAGAAAGGGGAAAAGUUUGUGGUAACAGACUACGGUCAACGUAACACUACCCACAUAGAGGAGAUUGAGACCCCCGAGAAGUAUGCUAAAAACCUUCCCCUUGGCGUUCCAAGUGGAUGUAAAAACCUCUUCCUGCUAGUCAUCCUGGAGAAUCAUGAGAAGAAACAGUCAGAGGCAGUGUUCGCAUGUAACACCACGAGUGACCGAGCCAGAUGGUUGGACGCAGUGCCCAAUGUGAAGGUCACGGAUGACCAGAGAAUCUAUGAGGAAUGGGACUGCCCACAGGUCCAGUGCAUCAAGAAGUACAUUGCUCAGGUACCAGACGAACUUGGGCUGGAAGAGUCUGAUGUGGUGACCGUGUUCAAGAAACUUGAGGACGGAUGGUACGAGGGUGAAAGGUUACGUGACGGUGAGCGUGGCUGGUUCCCCAAGGACUGCACCAUCGAGAUUGAGAACGCUCACGUGCGUGCACGUAACAUGCGCAUGAAAUAUCGACUUCUGUCUAGAAUGGACUCAACUUGAGGCCAGCUGAAGAUAUCAAGAGGGAAAGCAAUAUCUGUCUUAGAUUGUGACCUUGAAUCAACUAACUAAUUAAUUAAAACAUUGCAAAAAAAAAUGUUUGCAAGCCCAAACUUGAAAUUGAAAGUUUUUGCAUGGGAUCAUAAAGACCUCAUUAGGCCAGCUGCAGAUGUCAGAGAGAGAGCUAUGGGUGUCUGAGAUGGAAUCAAUUUGCUGUGUGGUUCAAUGAUUGAAAAGAACUGUUUGAUAAAGCAAGCUUAAAUUCUAAUGUUUUUGAAUGGGAUCAUAAAUAUGUUAAGGUAAGAUAAAGCUGAGAAACCGAGCAAGUGUUUUGGAGGUCCGAGUUUGGUGCUGUUUUUUCCAGUUUGGGGUUGACAAUGAACCUGUACGGGAUUUACCAGAUUGGGGUUGACAAUGUACCCGUACGGGAUUUACCAGUUUGGGGUUGACUAUGUACCUGUCCGGGAUCUAUCAGUUUGGGGUUGACAAUGUACACAUGGGAUUUAUUAGUUUGGGGUUGACUUAAUAAUGUACCCAUACAGGAUGUAUCAGUUUGGGUUGACUAUGUACCCGUAUGGGAUUUAUCAGUUUGGGGUUGACUAUGUACCCGUACAGGAUAUAACAGUGCAGGGCUUGCAUUCCUGUGAUUGAUUUGUGGUGACUGCUAGGUUAUGAUGACUGGUCGUAAGCAGUGGUGCUGAUGGUGGUUGGUUGCUGCUGAUUAUGGGAACUAUAGCAACAUAUCUUAAUCACCCAUUUGUCCACACCAUGCUUAUUUCAGAGCCAGUGUGUGCUGCCUGGCAAAUCAUCCGAAAAAAACAACAGGCCUUAAUUUCAUAUCAAGAAAAUUGGGAGUGGUGUUAACAUAUUGACUCAGUUAUUUGUUAAUAGUUAUUUUUGUAAGCUGUUUUGCUAUUUGUUGAACUUCAUAGUUGUGUCAAAACCAUUUAGGAAUUUAUUAUAUUGGUAUUUUUAUUACCUGAAUAUGGAUGUUACUGUUGUACUCAUUUGAAUUCGAUAAUGAGUAGUGCUAUUUUAGACAAAGCAUGCCAGCUGAUUGUUGUUUUACAAGUGUGUGAGUCUCUUUCUGGGGAGACCAAAUUUUCCCAUUCAGAAGCAAAGUGAAAAUGGUAUUGUGCAAACAGCAUAAAACCAGAACAACCUGCGAGUAACUCGCAGUCUGUUCAGGUUUUAUGCUGUUUGCUGCUAAUUGGUAUCUAAGGGUCAGAAAUGAAGCCUUCAAAACUUGAAUCGAGUAAGUUUGGUCUUUAAGUAAAUAAAUUUAACGUUCUAAGGGACUACAAAUGUACCAAAAUACGUAUCUAAGUGGUAAAGGGUUAAUUGUCAUCCAAGACGAGUGCGUGCAGUCACAGUUCUCCCAGAGAUAGGCUCUAGUAGUUAUGUGCUGUGUUGCUUUUGAAAUAUUACAAAUCUGCCUCUCAUGAUAAACCUCAAAUCUAUUAAAAUCUGAGAUUAUAGGCUUGUGCUAUUUAUUCUUAUUAGACUGUCUUCUUUUCAAUUUGCAUUCAUAAACGGUUAAUUGUUCUUAAUGUGCUUUUCAAUGGUAAAUAUAAAUGUAUAUAGAACUUUAUUCUCAUCAAAAUUCAUUCUUUAAUACUGGCCUGUGCCAUUUGAAUGAGAGAUUUGUGUGUUCAGAUCCUGUCUUCACAAGACCUUGGAUUGCAAUUGUGUUUAAGUUUAUAUUUUAAAGUGUUUCUGUAUAAAAUCACUCAAAAUUUCAUGUGGACUAAUACUAUGUUGUUCUUUUACCACUAUUUCACCUGCAUUGUACAAAACAUGAGUCUCAAUCUGGGAAAAUGGGGUUUAUUUUAUGUGAGUAAAGUGUUCUUCCAGAUUAGCCUGUGCAGUCUGCAUAGGCUAAUGAAGGACAACACUCUAACCUAAGCUGUGUUUUCGUUUAGAAGAGACUUCCUUUAACUCUUUCAGUGCGGGAACCGAAUUUUGAAGGCCUUUGCAAACAGUUUGGAUCCAGAUGAGACGCCACAGAACGUGGCGUCUCAUCAGGAUCCAAACUGUUUGCUAUUCUGAUAGUAUUCUUUGGAAAAAAAAUCGAAGAAAAUGCUAAUUUUAGAAAUUCAGCAGAAGACAUUUUAGCAGACGACAAAUUUCCCAUCAUGUAAAGGGUUAAGCAAAAAACCCAUGUAAACCUCUGUAAGCAGAAAGUGUUGUCCCUGAUAAGCCUUUGCUGUGAGGCUAAUCUUUGACAACACUGAAUGCACAUGCAUUAGACCACCUAUUCCAAGAUUGAGGUUUAAACCUUUGCAUGCUGGGAAAUUUGAUGUCUGCUAAAAUGUUGUCUGCUGAAUUUCUAAAAUUAGCAUUUUCUUCAUUUUUUUCAAAGAAUACUAUAAGAAUAGCUUACAGUUUGGAUCCUGAUGAGACGCCACGUUAUGUGGCGUCUCAUCUGGAUCCAACUGUUUGCAAAGGCCUUCAAAAUCCGGUUCCAGCAUUGAAAGAGUUCAAUGUAAUGUGUUUAUUGACCAAGCCCCUUGAUAUGCUGACUGUGUACAUGUAUAAACACAACUUUCACAUUCCAACUGCUGCCUAUAUACUGCUGUGAUGUUCCUCAAUGUACUAACGCGAUAGGUGCUUCUAUUUUACAUAUCAUUGUGUCAAAAACUACACAAAACUAUCAACAGUUCUUCUGUGUUCUCAUAAAGUAUAGUGGAAACAUCAAAGAUUAAUUCAGCAUUUUUGGUUUUCUAGAGUGUGGUCGAAAUUAGACAUUAGUUUAUGUCGUUAAAGUUUACUGUUAAGUCAUAAAUAUGUAAUUUAUGUUUAGUCCUGUAGUAACAUUAAUGUUGAGUUUACUGAUUUCAUUAUCUAUAUAAUGUUAUAAUUAACCCUUUCCCACUCAGAGUCAAAGUAAAAAUUGCUAUGUACAAACAGCAUAAAACCAGAACAACCUGGGAGUAACUCGCAGUCUGUUCAGGUUUUAUGCCGUUUGCUGCUCAUCAAUAUUUAAGAGUUGGAAAUAAAGCCUUUGAAAACUAAUGAAUUGAAAAAGAAAGGUACUUAAUUAAAUUUAACUUUCUUUGGGACUACAAAUUCAUAAAAAUAUGUAUCUAAGUGGUAAAGGGUUAACAAUUACAAUGUGGACCCUAAUGAACUUUCAACAACGGCAUCAGCCUGUGCAUCCCUAUGCAAGUGCCAGAAACAGAUAAUCUGCCAAAUGUAAAAGGUUUGACAUGUUCUGAAUAACCAAAAGUUUAUCCAAGCAAGCUGCAGACCUGUUUUUCUCUCACAGGUAUUGGUAUAUGCCUCUGUGAACAUUCCAGUUGACUUUGUGCUAGAAUCAUUAUUAUAUAGUUGUGUCACAUGACUUUGAUAUCAAGUGUACUGUAACAGCAGAGAAGAAAUUUUUUCAUACUAGCAACUUUAAAACGAUGACUAGAACUUUUCAUAAGAUGUAGGUGAAAAUCUUAUUUUGUUUACUCUUAAUUGUUUCUUAAAAGGGAUAUACUGUAAAUAUGUAGAAAAAGUAAGCCAUUAUUUUGGUUGCUGGAGCAUUUCAGCAUAUCAAACCCAUUCAGUCUAGUAUACAUGAACACUACCUAGUUAUUCUGCUUUCUAUAAAAAUCUUUUGGAUAAGUAUAGUACAAAUGCAGAUCAUGAUUUAUUUAAAGAUUUGUACAUAAUAUAAACCAAUUUGUUAUUAUAAACUGAAAUCUAUAAGGAGGAAUGAUAUUUUAUCAGUUUAUGUGUAGUAUUGAUUAACACUAUAUGCAAACCAAGUCAACAUAUAAUUUACAGGUACUGAAUUUGUUAACUCCUGGCUAUACCUUUGGUGUGCUAUUUGCACACAAGUCUGUGAGAAACAUACUUACUUACUUUUAGAGUGUAACAACACUUCUGGGCUGGUUUAAGUUGAUUUGUUUUGUAUUUUGUUCUUGUUAUUUGUAUUCUGUUUAUAUACAUUGUAUAUUGUUCUGUUGCUUGCUU